AUCCUCUCCCACUCAUACUCGCUCUCUCGCACACACCGUUGCGCAUUCGACGCAUACAGAAGAUUGCUGAGCUCGCUGGCUAACGAAGCACAGAAAGUCAGAGACCAGAGACAGCAAUUCAAUUCAAUAGCCUUUGCAUUCGUUGUUGGUACUCUGUGUGUGUGUUUUCAAUCAGGCAAGCGGCGCGCGAACGAACCUCAUCUUUUCCGCAUUGCCACCAACAAAACACAGUGAUACAAUAGGCAGCGUUGCAUCGCUGUUUGUUUAUUUUCUACUAACUAAAAACAAACGUAAAACAGAUUGCUAGCUUACCCGCGUUGCUGGCGUUGCAAACACAUACUACAUUGCGUUGCGGUUGUUUCGUUGCGUCUGGUGUCGUUAUAGAAUUUCGAUUUCGAUUUAACGUGUGGCGUCUGCUUCUGGUUUAACUUUCCGUGUACUUGCAUGUACAUACAUACGUAUAAUAAUCAAUAAUACCUACAGCCCGUAACCCCAAGCUACAACAUAUUAUAAAAGACGUAGAGCAGUAUUAAAGGCUGUCUGAAGAACUGGCUUCGACUGUUAUUGCUGGUGUUGGUGUGUGAAGUGAAACAAAUAAACAAGAAAUAUAAAAUUGUGAAGAACAAGAUUCAUCGCCGGCUUCCAAAACAACUAAGGCAAACUCUCGAGACGAUCGGAGUCAAUCCAAUCGUUUAGUAAUGGAACACUUUCAUCAAAUUCAGCAGCAACUGGCUGCGCAACAACAACAGCAAGUGCAACAGCAACAACUGCAGCAACAUCAAGUGGUAGUGCAGCAGAACCAGCAGCAAGCACACCAGAAUAGCUCCAACACCACGGCUGGCGUUGGCACCCAGCAGCUGUUUACGUACAAAAUGGCCAGCAGCUUCCCAAACCCAGCCACAACAAUGGCCCAAGUAGUGGCCACCUCAAACGCCGCCGGCACCACGGGCUAUGACUACCGCUUGAAUAUGGCACAGGCUGCUGCAGCCGCCGCCGUUCCCGGCUCGCAAUGGUGGUACUCAGCUGCCAACCAAGGUCAAGUGGACGCUAACACAGCUGCACAGUUACAGCAACAACAGCAGCAACAACAGCAGCAGCAGCAACAACAACAGCACCAGCAGCAGCAACAACAACAAAUGCAACAACAGCAGCAGCAACAGAAUGUCAUAAACUCAGCUGGGAGUCCAAUGAUCAGAGGAAAGGCAGACGCCAAACCCAGAGGCCGCAUGACCGCCUACGCUUACUUUGUACAGACUUGCAGGGAGGAGCAUAAAAAGAAACACCCCGAUGAAACCGUGAUAUUUGCAGAAUUCUCGCGAAAGUGCGCUGAGCGGUGGAAGACAAUGGUGGAUAAGGAAAAGAAACGCUUUCACGAAAUGGCCGAGAAGGAUAAGCAACGCUACGAAGCGGAAAUGCAAAACUAUGUUCCACCUAAGGGGGCGGUCGUUGGCCGUGGCAAAAAAAGGAAACAGAUUAAGGAUCCCAACGCUCCAAAACGUUCAUUGUCUGCGUUCUUCUGGUUCUGCAAUGACGAGAGAAAUAAAGUGAAGGCUCUGAAUCCCGAGUUUGGUGUCGGCGACAUUGCAAAGGAGCUGGGCCGAAAGUGGUCAGACGUUGAUCCUGAGGUGAAACAGAAGUACGAGUCGAUGGCGGAACGGGAUAAGGCUCGAUAUGAACGGGAAAUGACCGAGUACAAGACAAGUGGGAAAAUAGCCAUGUCUGCACCUUCAAUGCAGGCGUCGAUGCAGGCGCAGGCGCAGAAAGCCGCGUUACUUGCCGCCGCUGCACAGCAACAGCAUCAGCAGCUGGAUGAACAGCACGACGACGAUGACGGUGAUGGCGAUGAUGACGAGAACCAAUAGGUUUAGCAGUAAUACUCUUCACUAUUUAAACAAAAUGUCGUUGGUCAUUACGGCCAGGAAGGCAUGGACAUGGUAUCGUUAGCUGAUCUAUUAUCAGGUUGGCUGAUGAGUGUUGAAUAUAUAUAUAUAUAUAUAUAUAUAUGUAUAAAUAUAUAUAUAUAUAUAUGUAUAAAUAUAUAUAUAAUAUAUAUAUAUAUAUAUAUAUAAUUUUUUUUUUUUUAACAAUAAGUAAUCAAAUUUCCAUGAAUUACGAAGAAGAAAUCACAAAGAAACUUUUUGUAAGUUCUAUGUUAAGGUGAAUACUAUUAAGUAAGGUUAGAUUAAAGUGACGCAUCUAUCUGAAAACCUUAUUUGUGCUUCGAGCUAAGUUUCUCCUAAAAACUAAGAAUUUUUUUUAUAAAUUGAAGAAGUCCAUUGUCAUUCAUUCACAACAAGUACGAAAAUUACCACUACAUUUAUAAAUAUUGGUACAUAUUUCCCAUUUAUUAAAGAUAGAUUCAUAUAAAUGAAUUAUAAAAAAUGCGUUUGCUCAUUCGAGUUUGUCCGUUUCCAAACGACACUCGAUGAAACGUGAUAAAGUCAAAUACUUAACUCAGUGGCGGGUAAAAUCUCUAUUUUUUCUUUCCAUCUGUGCGUGUGCUAAUGUGUAGCCACAUAAAAUUCAAAAUCAGAUCAGAACCAGGCCUUGCAUUUGAUUUUAUAAAAAUUUUGAAUAAUCCUAACAGCGUAUGAAGGUUAUUUAUUUCCCUUCGUUUAGAACCUUACCCAUUCAUAAAUUUUUGCUGUUUUAUGUUUCGUAAAUGACAUUUUAAUAUAGUCUUGGGAAACAUUGAGGUAGUGUUUAUUUGUAAAUAUAUGAAUCAAUACUAAUAGCUAAGAACGACAUAUUUAGGAGGAUAUUCUGGGAGAAACUAAGAUUGUUGAAUGAUUUAGCAAAAAAAGGUACACUUACUAAACAGACACAAAAAAAUAUCUUGACAUGGCCAUGUACAUACAAUUUGAAGUAUUAUUUAGAAGAGACUAUCUAGAAAUUAGAGAGAAUCCAUAACAAGUUUAAAUCAUUAGUAAAACAACUUAUUUCAAAUCUGAAGUCGUACUCUCAAUAUAAAAAGUGUGAGAAGAAAGUCUUUAUUUCACAUUAGGAAAAAUAGGCUUUGGAAACUACUGUUUGAGGUGGUUCAUAAUUUUACGUAUUCACUUUCUUGAUGAUCUUUAAAUCUCCUUAACCCUAAUAGUUAUUCAUGAACCACUUAAUUUUUUCCUUACAGAAAUCCUAAAAGAAUAACGUACGUAAGCAACUACCACUUCUCACUCAGUAAUUGCUAGACCAUAUUUUUCAUAGACUGGGGUGCAUGAGCAUUUUCUUGUAUAAUGGACGGGAUCAGUCCAACGCCCUAUUAAAAAAUCAACAUUAACUGUGUUGACCAGUGCAUCUAUCAGUUUCUGCGCCACCUUGUAUUGUGCUUGAAUCUUUUGGGGUUUUAUAACCCUAAAUGUAUAUAGGUACGUCGAAAUAUGCUACAUCUGCACCCCAAUUGAUUCAAUAUAAUCCCAAAGCCAAUCAAUAUCGAAUAUUUUCAGUCUGUUAAUGAGUAAAGCCUAUCCAUGUAAAAUAAGUUCCGUUUAGGCUCAUACACUUAUUUGAAAAUACUCUGCUUUUCAAAAAAUUUAUGACAACAAACAAUUCUGCUCGAAUCAAAGCUUCCUUUCUUAAUUUUGGGGUGUAUAAUCAAGUUAAUGGUAAUUUGAAACAAAUAUAUAUUAUAUAGAAAUGAGUAUAUAGAAUUAUAUCAAGGAAUAAACUUAUAUAUAUUUAUAUAUAUUUAUAUUAUGUACAUUUGACAUACAUAUAAUAUAUAUAUUAUAAAUGUAUAUACGAAAUUACGUAUCUUAGUACAUUAUACAGCCCGAAAUUAACAAAUAUCUUAAAAUUCAUACAUAAUAUGUUUUCAUUCAAUAUUUUAAAGAGAAUGACUCGCCACCGAGAUUAUAUUCAUAAAAGAUUCUAGGUUACAUUUUUAAUUUAAAAAUUUCUGCAAUUGAUAACUCCCAUAAUAUAUUAAAUGACUAUGAAAUUCCAGCUCCCCUGUGCGCUUAUUAUAAGAAUAAAUCUAUGAAAUAAAAUUAUAGAAAUGAGAUUCAUGUAGGCGAAAUGGUGUGCUCUCAUAACGGCUUGUCUUUUUUAUUUACUUUUUGUAAUAUCAUUACUAGAUUAUGGCUGUAUUUAAGUUUAUAUUUCAGUCUCAUAUAUUUUUCAAUCGCAGCAAAAAUACGAAAACCUUUUCGUAUUUCAAGAACGAAAAUCUUCGAAAAGAGUUAUCUAUUGUGUGAGUUAGUAUAUAAGAUGUUUUUUGUUUGCUUUAAUUAUCUAAUCUGUAAAAAUAGUUGAAAAUAAAUAAUAUUUAGCUAGA